CCAAGGUUCGCAUGAUCAAACCCUCGGAGAGGUUCUUGGGUUCACGGUGCCAUAAUCCGGUAAUUACAGGUAAAUAUCCCGCAGCACCCUGCUAUUAGACUACGCAGAGAUAAAUUAUAGAACAGAGGAGAGUUUGCCAGAUGAUGAUAGGCACAGAUUGCUCCUGUAAUGAAGGCACCGGGAGAGGAAAAUAGCACCAUCCUGACAGCUCGGCUUGGCUGCCAGCUCCAUGUCAUCCUCACUACUGUCACACUGUGAAUGUUGCAGCAACAUAAACAUAUUCUGACUUCCCAGCCAGCCAAAAACUACAAACUCCAUUCUGCAGUCGAACAGUUACUCUUCUCAGUUGUCACCAUUGGAAAGCUGCGCACGAGGACUUCAGACGAGGACUUUAAGCCAAGUCUUGGAGAUAGAAGUUGGACUUUGACUCGAGUCCUAUUAUAAAGCAAAGCAGAGGAGAAAGGUAGGCUAUUUUACCCGACAGAGGGAGGACGAGACAACGAGGCCAUGGCCAUGUGGAGGACAGUGGGAGCUCUUUUGCUGAUAGUACAUACUGCGUUUGGCCAGAGCAGCAUCACAUGGUGCACCAUCUCGGAAGCAGAGCAGAAGAAAUGUCAAGCCAUGUCCAAAUCGUUCGCCGCCGUCUCCAUCCGUCCGUCCCUGGGCUGUGUCAAUGGCGGGUCAGCCGAGGGUUGCGUUCAGAAACUGCAGAGAAAAGGAGCUGAUGCCUUGUCCAUGUCCUCCAGUGACAUCUACAAGCUGGGCAAGACCGCCUCCUUGAAGGUGGCUGCCGGUGAAUCGAAGGCUGACCGUACUGGUGCCUCCUACUAUGCAGUCGCUGUGGUGAAGAAAUCAAAUCCCGCCAUCAACAUCAACAACCUGGCAGGGAAAAAGAGCUGCCACACCGGGAAAGGCCGAACAGCCGGCUGGAAUAUGCCCAUAGGAUACUUCAUAGACCAGGGUUACGUGUCGGUGAUGGGCUGUGACAUUCUAAAGGGUGUGGCAAAUUUCUUCAAUGCUAGCUGUGUCCCCGGAGCAAACGCGGCCGGCGACCCUCCGUCUCUGUGUCAGCUGUGCAAAGGAGACCAAAACGGACAGCACAAAUGUGAAUGGAGCAGCAAGGAGAGAUACUUCAGCUAUGAAGGAGCUUUCAGAUGUCUGGUUGAAGAUUCAGGAGAGGUGGCCUUCAUCAAACACACGACUGUUGAGGACAACACUGACGGUCAUGGCCCAGCAUGGGCACAAACACUGAAGUCAUCGGACUAUGAUCUGUUGUGUCGUGACGGCACCAGAGCUCCGAUCUCUCAGUGGGAAAAGUGCCAUCUGGUCCGUAUCCCGUUCCGUGGCAUUGUUGUCGGCAAUGACAUCAAACCCUCUGUGGUGUAUAACAUGCUGACGGAGGGGCUGGAACGGUCGGGCUUCAAAAUGUUUUCAUCUUUGGAAUAUGGAGGAGGAAACUUGCUGUUCUCCGAAUCAUCCACCAUGUUUCAGCCUGUGGAGUCAGAAGACCCCAAGACGUGGAUGGGCCGUCACUACUAUAACGCUCUGAGAGCCAUGGACUGUAAACCAGAGGCUGUCCUGCGGUGGUGUGUGCUGUCCAGCGGUGAGCAGCAGAAGUGUGCUGACAUGGCCGCAGCCUUUCAAAAUAAAGGUCUGACUCCAGACAUCAAGUGUGUCCACGGGGACUCUGAGACUGACUGCAUGAAUAAAAUCAAGAACAACGAGGCUGAUGCCAUCACUCUGGAUGGAGGUUACAUCUACACAGCGGGCAAAGACUAUGGCUUGGUCCCUGCUACUGGCGAGAGCUACACAGAGAGCCGUGAUGGCUCCAUAUACUAUGCAGUUGUGGUGGUAAAAAAGAGCAGCGUUGACAUCCGUAACCUUGACGACCUGCGUGGCCGUCGCUCCUGCCACACCGGAUACGGCCGCACGGCUGGCUGGAACGUUCCCGUAGCAGCGCUGAUUGAGAGAGGCCUGAUCACCCCUCAGCAGUGCCAGAUACCCCAAGCGGUGGGAGGGUUCUUCAAGCAGAGCUGUGUGCCAGGAGCCAACCAGCCUGGUUUCCCCAGCAACCUGUGUGAUUUGUGCGCUGGAGACGGCUCGGGGAAGAACAAAUGUGUGAAAGGGAAAGACCUGUAUGAAGGAUACGACGGUGCCUUCAGGUGUCUGGCGGAGGGAAAGGGAGAAGUGGCUUUCAUCAAGCAUACUACUGUCAUCCAAAACACUGACGGUAACUCUGGUGAAUCGUGGGCAGCAGAUCUCCACUCUGCAGAUUUCCAGCUGCUCUGUUCUCAGGGCAGUAAAGCCGAGGUCUUGCAGUACAAACAGUGUAACCUGGCUAGAGUCCCCUCCCACGCUGUAAUGGUACGGCCAGACACCAACAUCCAUGCUGUCUAUGGACUCCUGGACAGCGCACAGAAAUAUUUUGGCAGCGACACAGGUCCCGGUUUCAGGAUGUUCGACUCACAGGCCUAUAAGGGCACAGAUCUCAUCUUCAAAGACUCCACUGUUCUCCUCGUGGGUGUUGGUGACAAAAAGACCUACCAGGAGUGGUUGGGAAAGGGCUACUUGGACUCACUGGUCGAGAUGGAGUGUAAUUCAUCAAGUGCAGUGAUAUCCUCUGUAUGGCUGCUGCUGAUGGCCAUGCUCAGCUUCAUGCUGACCAACUUCUGGAUGUAAAGGCACAAUAUGACCCCCCCCCCUUUUUUCCCAUCCUUUUUACCCUUAUACAUUUCCUGUAUCCUUCCCUUCCUCUCUCCAUGUCUGCCUCUUCUGUCCCUUUAUCUUUCACCACUUUUCACACAUGAAUCUUCAGAUGUUAGCCUUCUUGAUUGCCGUCCAAUCAAAUGACCUACCGUAGCCUUAGUCCAGUCCAGUCAAGUUUAGCCCUGCUCUUCUGGAGACCCUCUCCUUCUAUCCAAGAAUGUUUUUUUAUCUUAAGAUUGCAUAAUUUCUACCUGAUUGUACGAUAUUUUAAUUUAUGAGUGGAUCGAAUGUGGGAACUGCCGUUGGAUUUGAAUGAUGCUACUGCUGAAGAAAAUGAAGGACUUGUCUUUUGUGGCAGAGAAGAAAAAGGACUUUCAGCCAGUGUGAACCAGACAUGAGGACGGAAGGUGUUGCUACCACUUUAUUUACUGAAGGUGAACUGCCAUAUCAGUGCAUAUGCUGCCACCUGUUACAUUGCUCUAGUGGGUAGUGCCCCUCUGUCUCGCCAAAGCUUGUUUUGCAAAGAGCAGACAAUCUGAUGUUUAGCCUCACGUGAGCCAAUGAUAACUUUUUAAACUUCUGGUUUACCUCACAGAAAACCCUAAUCCGAUGAAGAUCACUUGAACUGCAUAUCUUGUAAAAGCCCAGGUUUGACUUCAGUGACGUGGACCUGUUUUGUCCCUAAGGGUCCCAUGAGAUGAGAGAUGCUCUUUCGAUGAUGUUGCCUUGCUUGGCAGUUCAAGUCAAACCCUUUUACUUUUCCUGUAACGGGAGAAAACUUUCCACUAAUGUAUCUUUCAGUCAGGGACAUAUACAAAAUACUUUUGGGGGCAUAUAUACAGUACAUAUUACAACAUAUUUUACCAAUUACAUCUUGUUGUAUCUAGACAUGCAGAUUGGUUUAAUUUGUCCAAGCUUUGAUAUUUCUGUCUUUGAGAUUUCUGCCUCCACCUCGAUACAAAGAUGAAACAAAACAUUUGUGGAGCUCGCAGCAUUGAAAAGGAUACCUUACUUCUUCCCAUUACUUUGGAUAAUCCACAGAACACACUCUCAGUAGUUUUUAUAGGGAAUUAGUAAGAAGUAGUAUUAGUAGUAUUAGUUAAAGUAGUUCCAGUCAAAAUAGUUAACAGUGACUGGGGAUUAUCCAGAAAAAUCUGUGAAGAAUAAAUGCUCUUGAAUUUGUAAUUUUAGCUUUUCAAGGAUGUGAGCGCCAUAAACAAAAUUCCAUCUGCAGUACAUCCAUUGUAUUGGGGUGGGUACAAACCUGGACAAAUAACAGCAAAACUUACAUACCUACUAGAGGUAAGUGAGAAAAUAUGUUUUUUUGUUAUUUGGGUGGACUGACCCUUUAACCUAAGGCGCAUAAGCUAAACUAAAAUGGGUAGGAGGUUUACUUUCCAAUUCAUUAAUAUUCACAUCAACUCACUGAGACAGCCUGAACAUCCUGUUUCUUGUUAAGACAAACACGCACCAAACCACUUCUCCUGGUACCUUCAAGGACGCUAACCUGCUGUGACUGAUCCCAGGUCAGCUUCCCCAGUAGCGAAGGAUUCACGUGAAUAUCGCAGUCAGACUGUUGUUGUGCUCUGCUGCCACUGGCUCUGUGAGUGCUACUGAUGGACCAACCUUUUUCUCAGUCCGGGCUGUUUUUAAUAUUAGCUAAUGCCAUGUUAGCGAAUGUGCACUAGUGCUGCCUCCACACAGAGCUGUGCUGGGGAUGGCGUGAUAAUGAGUGACAUGGUCUGUCAGCUUCAUGUAUUCUCCUCAAAUGCCUUCAAAUCUGAUUUAAUUUUUAACUGCAUCCGAGCAUUUAAAUCUUUUGCUGUAUAAUUUUUUUAGCUUUUGUCUUAUUUUUGUUACUAAUCUGAUACUUCUGGAAUGGAACAACGUUAUCGGCAGAUAGUCACCACUUUUUCAAACCUUUUAAGCAUUUCAGUUUAUAUGUUUCGACACACAUGGAGCGAGUAACUCUUACACGCUGGUUUGGGGAGACCGUGAAGAAAACACCCUGUGUUUUGUGCUGGAGAGUGAAAGUCAAAGAAGAGUUUGUGUCAGUUGAAGGAAGACCACAGGCUUUGAAUACUGGUUUCACUUCAAUUUCCCAGUGAAGAAAAGGUGUAGAACAAAAUGCAAUACAGUUAAAAGACAAUAAUUCUCAAUACUAGACUAAAAAUCUGCUCUCAUCACUCCAGAAGUGUCUCUUUGUAACUCUAACUACCCAGUUCUUGUCAUACCUACUGCCAUUCCUGCUGCUUGAUGCUGUUUCCGGUUUUAAAAUUGUUGAUUGGAUGUGUAUUUUCCUGUGUUGAGAGAUCUAUUUUUAUAUGAAGUUCAGGUGCCAUAUCAGUGUAUAUGUACUGACUCAUACCGUCAGAAACUAAUGCCUUCUCUUCCUCUUUAUAGAGAUUUAUUUCUAUGCGAAAUGACGUCACAUGUAACUAAUAUUUAGUUGCCAGGCCAGUGCGUCUGCAUAAGUAUUAAUACAUAA